AUGUUUUUAUUAAAUUUAAUGAUAGAGACAUUUAUUUUUAUAUUAUUUUAUGACUUUGUUAUUUCUGAACAAUGGGAAAGUGGUUUGCGUGAAAGAUACGAUGGAUAUGGAGAAGAUUGGAUAUUUAUGCCGGAUGGAAAUGGUUUACCUCAAGUAGCAAUAUUAAAGUAUGAAGAUAGCAUAAGAGGUAUUCUUGAUAAUGAAAAGAUUUCUUAUAUCCUUUACACACGGUCUGGUCCAGAGAAUGGCACAAGACUUGUGAUUAAUGAUACUGCAGGACUUUUCGAUUCUAAUUUUAAAGCAUCACGAAAAACAAAGUUCAUAACACAUGGAUGGAAGUCCAGUUCUAUGAGCUCUGGUCUCAGGAACAUGAAAGAAGCCUACUUGCAACACGAUGAUUACAAUAUCAUUCUCGUUGACUGGGAACCUUUAGCUGCAAGUACUUUUUAUCUUGGUCCUAUGCAAAAUACUGUUCGUGUAGGAAAGGAUGCUGCUAAUUUCAUUGACUUUUUAGUCACAGAAACUGAUUUAACUGCUGAAGACAUACAUUUCCUUGGUCAUUCUCUGGGUGCACACGUAGCUGGUAAUGCUGGAGAUGCAAUAACUUCUGGUAAAUUAGGCAGAAUUACUGGAUUAGAUCCAGCUUUGCCUGGAUUCCACAUGCUUGCUUCUGAUAAGACUCGUUUGGAUUUAACCGAUGCAAUAUUCGUUGACGUUAUUCAUUCUUGUGGUGGUAUUCUAGGUUAUCUUCAAUCUCUAGGUAAAGUUGACUUUUAUCCAAACGCAGGAACAGCUGUUCAACCUGGUUGUUGCUGUAUCCCAGAAGUCAUGGAAGCUUGCAGUCACGGACGAUCCUACGUGUACUUUACAGAAAGUAUUAAUUCCAAAACUGGACUUCCUGCAGUAAAAUGUGAAAAUUGGGAUAGUUAUAUAAAUGGUGAUUGCAUUGAUUCUGGGAUAGUUUUAAUGGGAGAACAUGUAGAUAAAUCUGCUAGUGGAUCUUAUUUUCUUAGAACACGAUCUGAACCACCUUAUGCGUAUCUAUCAGAAAUAACCAACAAUGAUAUUUAA